CAAAACACCAUUGCUUCCACGCGCUGGAAAAUGUCCUACGCCGUUGAAACGAAGAAGCGCAAGUUCCAUCGGGUUCUCGAGUCUCUAACCAAACCUACAACCUCCGAGUCCACAAAAUCAGCUACCGCCGAAGCGCCUGCAACCAUUCGAGACGCAUCGAACAAAAAAGCCCGUCUAGAUGCGCCCGGCUUCUCACUUGCACGAAACUCACUUCUAAAGGUCGCACGCCCUAGCUCCAGAGAUUCGUCGUCAUCGUCAACCUCGCGGCCCAGCUUUGUUCCUUGGGAUCGCGAACGUUUCCUCGAACGAUUGGAAACCUUUCGUCGCGUCGACCGAUGGGCACCCAAACCGUCAGCAAUUAGUGAGGUGGAGUGGUCUAAGCGCGGCUGGAUAUGUACAGAUGUGGCCCGGGUAACAUGUGCUGGGAACUGUGGUGGGUCGGUUGUGGUCAAGCUCCCGGAUGAGCUGGAUGAGUUGGAUGGGUUUGAUGCCGAAAAGGUGCAGGAGAGGAAGGAAGUUCGAGCCAAACUUGUGGACGAAUACGCGGAAAGGCUGGUCAAGGGGCAUGGGGAGACUUGUCCGUGGAGGAACAAGGGCUGUGAUGCUACUAUCCAUCGAUUGCCGCUAGCAAACCCCGAAAUAGCUAUCUCCGGCCUGGAAAAACGAUACUCGAACCUCGUGAAGAUGGCCGAUCAAUUGCCGGCCGCAGACGUCAUCCAAACGCCUCAGUCCUUCGAUCUCGACAUGCUCAUUAAGAUACUUCCAGCAAGCUUCAACGGGUCCGAAGAAAGUACGCGCACGGAGAGCAUUGAGAGCAAUACUGAGGGUGAAGAUGGGAAAAGGAACGCGCAGAACUCUGAGCCCGAGCCAUCUGUUUUAAAGAACGCUUUCAUACUAGCAUUUUUCGGUUGGGACUCAGUCCCCGGCGGGACAGCUGGUCUGGUCGGCUGUAGCGUGUGUUUCCGGAGAUUGGGCCUGUGGAUGUACAAACCAAAGCCCAACGGCGAUGAAGCUCUGUACGACUCAUUGGAAGUGUUGAAUGAGCACAUGGACUAUUGUCCUUGGGUGAACGGAAAGGCUCAGAGCGGAACGGGACGGGCCACCGAGAAAUCAGAAGGCCUACGUUGUGGCUGGGAGCUGCUGGGCCAGGCGCUCAAUGUGCGCCAUCGCCGACUGAAUCGUUCGACCACCUCGGGAGACAGUCGUGCUGUCUCCGAGGUACCAUCCACGGAUGAGCUUGUGGCGGACGAUGUCAACCCCGAGGUCAAAAAGGCCAGUGACCGGGAAUGGUGGGCCAAGUUACGCCGCAUGCGACAGGUUUUGAAUGUCGGUUCGCCUAGAAAGAAGCCGGCUUCGAAGUGAUACUCUCUCAUUAUAUUGUGUUUCUGCACAUGAUACUCCUCAUCUGGUUGUUAAUGCAGCGUGGCGUUCGGGCAUUUCCAUAUCUAUCUUCUCGAUAUCCUCAUUACUACAUUAGUUAUGCUAUAGCGAGCCUUUUCCUCCGCCUCGAUAACUUAGAAUACAUCAUACUAAAUCAAAGAAAGAUCGGAGAGCAGAAGUUAUCAUCUACUCAACGCAUUGCUUUGGAGCCAGAU